GCUUUUGCGCGUUUAUGUGAAUUGUUGCGGCUAGAUUUCUAAGGUCAAGGCCUUGAGUUUGUGGAAAAGGGGGGCUGGACCGCCAGAAAGACGGUGUUGGGGAGGAGAAGCUGUCCUGUCUGUACCCUAAUGGAGGACCCUCACUUCGUGGAUAAGCCGACAGCCAGGGAGACUGGAAGCACUGUUCACUGCUCCUGUGCGGGAGCCUGGGCCAGGGCCCCACCGCCCAAGCCCCUGUGAGGUCUCCCUAAGUGCCGGUGCUGGCGUUGCCCCUGGUUCUCCAGGCAACAGAGGACCCGUUCCAACAACCUGUUAAAACAUGGUGGACUACUAUGAAGUUCUAGGCGUGCAGAGACAUGCCUCCCCCGAGGACAUUAAGAAGGCAUACCGGAAACUGGCCUUGAAGUGGCACCCGGAUAAGAACCCCGAGAACAAGGAUGAGGCGGAGCGGAAGUUCAAACAAGUGGCCGAGGCGUAUGAGGUGCUAUCUGACGCUAAAAAGCGGGAUAUCUAUGACAGAUACGGCAAGGAAGGACUGAACGGUGGAGGAGGAGGCGGAAGUCACUUUGACGGCCCCUUCGAGUACGGCUUCACGUUCCGUAACCCAGAUGACGUCUUCAGGGAAUUCUUUGGUGGAAGGGACCCAUUUUCAUUCGACUUCUUCGACCCAUUUGAGGACUUCUUUGGGAAUCGCAGGGGACCCCGAGGAAGCAGGAGCAGAGGCACAGGGUCGUUCUUCUCCGCCUUCAGUGGGUUCCCGUCUUUUGGGAGUGGAUUCUCAUCUUUAGAUACAGGGUUUACGUCAUUCGGGACACUAGGCCACGGGGGCCUCACUUCCUUCUCUUCCACGUCAUUUGGUGGUAGUGGGAUGGGCAACUUCAAAUCUAUAUCGACCUCUACCAAGAUAGUCAACGGCAGGAAGAUCACCACCAAGAGAAUUGUCGAAAACGGCCAAGAAAGGGUGGAAGUGGAAGAAGACGGCCAGCUCAAGUCCCUGACGAUAAAUGGUAAGGAGCAGCUGCUGCGCUUGGAUAACAAGUAGCUCCACGCUGGCCGCUAGCAGACGCUCGCUGUCGCAGCAGCGUGUGCCGAGGGACAGGAACAGUUUUGAAGAUUUCAAACGAACUCGACUUUCAGUAUAAUUGUACUUAAAGUAUUUAUAAGCAGCUCAUCGGAGCCCCUGUUUGUUAGAGACUUUUUAAGUUUGUUGGGACCACAUCAUAGGACCAUUUUUUGUCUUUGAAAUUGUUGUAAAUCUCUGUAUGCACUUUGCUUUUUAUUAAACGUCAUCCAGGUGAGCCGCGACUCGUGUGUAGGCGAGACUAACACCAGCAUGGAUCUGCUUUUCCAUUGUGUUUGAGAUGUGAGCCGAACAGUGUCAGCCUGUGAGGAGGGUGUCAUGGCCAGGGCGGGCCUGCCACAGAAGUAACUCAGUGUUUUCAGUAUUUAGUAGUGACAGAUUGACUGCAUUAAUGGUAAUACAUUUCUGGUUUAAUAUAAAUUAAGGAUGUUUUCUAGUUGUGCAUGAAUGCUGGAACUUAGUAAGUUUUGACAAUUGUUUAAAUGUGUACUGUUAAGCUUAGGUUUAAAGCAUAAAGCUGGGUAACUGGGUCUUUGUCAUUUGCUUUUAAAAAAAAUAAAUGCGAAUGUGUUUGGUGCAUUC